AUGGCGGAGCGGGGCUGCGCCGCUGUCGCCUUCCUCCUCCUCCUCCUCCUCCUCCGCAGCCCCGGGCUCCCUCGGGCCCUGCCGGCAAAGGGCUUCGCCGCGGCGGGCUGGGGGCUCGGCGAGGCAGCGCUGCCCCCCGGCAAAAGCCGCCGCACGCACGCAGGCUUCGGCCAAGUUGUCCCCCAAAAUAAUAAUAAUAAUGACAAUAAUAAUAAAAAGUUCUGUUCGCGCCGCGUCUUCGGUCGAAACUUCGUCGCCUGGAGCCGCGCGCGGGCGGGCGGGCGGGCGGAGCGGCGGGGACGGAGCGCGUCCCCCGCCGCGGGGACACUGCUCCCCGCUCCCUUCUACCGGGAGCCGGAACGGCUGGAAGCGCCGGGGCUCCCUCCGAGCUGCCGGGUCGCCGGCCCGCGCCCGUCGCUGUCCCCCCGCGCCGGGGUCAGCGCCCGCCGCUGGGAGCCCCGCGCGGCGCCAACGCGGGGCUGCCCGGGGAGCUCCCCGUUCCCGCUGCCGCCUCCUUCCUGUUCCCUCUUACCCUACGUACAACAGCGGUGUUUUCUAGGCUCACUGGAGCAGCGUGGGGCAAAACGGCCCGAGUUUCAAUGGAAGAAAAGCUGCCUGGUGAAGCAGUAUACAAGAACAGAUUAUGUAUAUUUUGAGAAUUCCUCCAGCAAUCCGUAUCUCAUCAGGCGAAUUGAAGAGCUUAACAAGACUGCAAAUGGAAACGUGGAAGCAAAAGUGGUCUGUUUUUACAGGCGAAGAGAUAUUUCCAACAGUCUUAUAAUGCUUGCAGAUAAACAUGCUAAAGAAGUUGAAGAAGAGUCUGAAACCACAAUUGAGGUUGACUUGACUGAUAAACAGAAACAUCAGUUGAAGCACAGGGAGCUGUUCCUUUCGCGCCAGUAUGAGUCUCUUCCUGCAACACACAUCAGGGGAAAAUGCAGUGUCGCGCUCCUGAAUGAGACGGAGUCUGUGUUGUCGUAUCUGGAGAAAGAGGAUACCUUUUUUUAUUCAUUGGUCUAUGAUCCAUCACUAAAAACACUUUUAGCAGACAAGGGAGAAAUCAGAGUGGGGCCGAGAUACCAAGCAGAUGUGCCGGACAUGCUCGCCGAAGGAGAAUUAGAUGACAGAGAACAGGCAAAGCUGGAAGUAAAAGUAUGGGAUCCAGAUAGCCCCCUUACUGACCGUCAGAUUGACCAGUUUUUAGUUGUAGCACGCGCGGUUGGUACCUUUGCUCGAGCACUGGACUGCAGUAGCUCUGUCAGGCAACCUAGUUUACACAUGAGUGCGGCUGCUGCUUCCCGAGACAUCACAUUGUUUCAUGCAAUGGAUACCUUGCACAAGCACAACUACGACUUGAGCAGCGCCAUCAGCGUCCUUGUGCCGCUCGGGGGGCCUGUUCUGUGUCGAGAUGAAAUGGAAGAGUGGUCAGCAUCAGAAGCCAGUCUAUUUGAAGAAGCCCUGGAGAAGUACGGGAAGGACUUCAAUGACAUUCGACAAGACUUUCUCCCUUGGAAGUCACUGACUAGCAUCAUUGAGUAUUAUUACAUGUGGAAAACCACUGACAGAUAUGUGCAACAGAAACGUCUGAAAGCAGCUGAAGCAGAAAGUAAAUUGAAACAAGUAUACAUCCCCACCUACAAUAAACCAAAUCCCAAUCAAAUAUCCAGCAACAAUGGGAAGCCUGCUGCAGUGAAUGGAGCAAUGGGAGCUUCUUAUCAAGCACAGGCCUCGCUAAUAGGUCGGGCUUGUGAAAGUUGCUAUACUCCACAAUCUCACCAAUGGUAUUCUUGGGGCCCCCCUAAUAUGCAAUGUAGAUUGUGUGCAUCUUGCUGGAUUUAUUGGAAGAAAUAUGGUGGCCUAAAAAUGCCCACACAGACAGAUGAAGAUAAACUGUCCAACCAACCUACAGAGGAGUCCCACGUUAGAACUCAUAUGUCGCGACAGGCCACACAGGGCACUCCAGUUCGUAACACUGGGAGUCCAAAGUCGGCCGUGAAGACCCGCCAGGCUUUCUUCCUUCACACAACGUGUUGGACAAAACUUGCUCGCCAGGUCUGCAAAAAUACCCUCCGGCUGCGGCAGGCAGCAAGACGUCCCUUUGUCCCUAUUAACUGUGCUGCCAUUAAGGCAGAAUAUGCAGAUCGACAUUGUGAAGUUGCUGGAAAUCCACUGAAGAUCAAAAGCACCAGAAAACCACUGUCAUGUAUCAUUGGGUAUUUAGAGGUUCAUCCUGCAGUGAAGCCUAAUGUAAUCAGGUCAACACCAAGCCUUCAAAGUCCAAGUGCAAAACGACUACUUGCACCAUCUAAUCACUCUUCACUAAGUAUAUUGGGAAAAAGAAACUACACUCAUCAUAAUGGCCUUGAUGAAUCCUCCAGCCAUACAACUCGAACAAUAAUGCAUGCUGCUCCCCAUGUUCAUAUGACCAAUGGCAAGGCCUUGCAAACCAGUGCAAGUGCCAUUAAGACAAGCACGAUUCCAGUGAUCAAGAGACAGAGGCAAAACUGGCUCGACGCUUCAGAUGAUGGCUUCUUUAUAGCUACAGAAGAGACCAGAAAAAUUCGUAAGAAGUUCACCAGAUUGCAGCUGAAAAGAGCUUCCAGAACACCUUGUACUACAAUUAUUGCGAAGACAAAGUCUCUCAUGAACAAUAGGCAGGCACAAACAGAGCCUGAAACUAUCAUGCACUGAAGAUUACAGCGACAGCACCAUAAUUGUGUCAGAAUCAUGUUUAAUUGUGAAUGCAGAUACAACAGGACCUUCCACAAGUAGAUGAAAGACGGAAACACUGCAAGGCCAGACUGUGGCUGGGUUUUGUGUUCUGGGCAGAAUCCAGCAAGCAGUCCUUGUGUCUCCCCAUCUCUGCAAGUGCUACUUCUGGUUAGCUGGGCUAGCUGAUCUCCAGUUGUCCUCCUGUUCUUCCCAUCAGCAGUCAUUAGAGUUGGCUAAUCAAGGACGAACAGGCACUGAACAGGCUGGAGUAUGGAUCCCCCCUCCACAUUUGUCUAAGCCUUUUAGUGGUGUGAUGCAAAAAUAUGCAGUUUUCAGGAUGACUGUAGUGUUUCUAAAGCAGGACUUAGCCUUAAGGGACUGCAUUUUCAAAAUCAGCUGUAGACUUUAUGUGUUUAGGUUUUUUCCGUGUCAGCUUUAGUCACCUUGGAUUUGGUUUUCUUAAGUGUUGAGCAUCCAGAGCCUCAAAUGAGGACAAGCUCAGCAGUUUGGAAACUUAGACCAAUUCAGGGAAAGCCAGAAUUAGUGGCCAGUUUUCAUAUUCUGACCAUAUUAACUUGGCUAACAUGUUGGAAAGUAGUGUGUGUAACAGUGAAUAUCCAGGUGGGCUAGUUGCUUUUGUAGGAACUGGUCCCAUUGUCUGUAUAUUUGCAACCAUUUGUCUGUUU